AUCGCGCAGCGGAAGAAAUGCGUGGCCGGUGGGUUUCGAACCCGGGACCUGGCUCUGAUACCAACUUAGACCACCCCCUCUAGCCACUCCGACCCUAAAACCCAGGUGUUAGAGUGGGGGGAAGGGGGGGCUUUAUCACUGGACCAACACUGCCUGAUGACAUUAUGCCCAAGUUUCAAGACUUCAAUAUCCAACUGCAGCUGGGAGAAUGUAAGGGCUCAGAAAGAUCAGAUGGGGGGGGGAGAAUCUACAGACUGGCUCUGAAGAAGAUGAAGGCACAAAGGGUGACUGUGAUGGUGUAGAGGAGAUGGAGGGGGUUGAGACUCUGGGGAAUACCAAGAAGAACAGCAUGAAGAGGAAAAAUGGAAAAAAAUGGGGGCCAGUAGUGGCUGAAAGGAAAAGCCUAAGGACCAGUCAAGACACCAGGACCAUGGAAGAAAAAGCUAGAGAUAUCAAGAAAAUCAGGAAUCUGGAGGAAAAUUACAUCAGGAAAGGGGCAGGUUUGGAUGGACAUAAAAAUGGUGCUGACAAGAUGCUGGAAGUGCAUGAAUUUAUGGAAACCGAUGUUCAUGGGCGCGUCGUCAGAAGGGGUGGGUCAAUGGUGCAGCUACUUGGAGGAAGCCCUCAGGACCCCUUUGGCGAUCAUGGACCGAUGAAGAACUUCAAGCUGGGCGCGGCAUGGCGAAGCAUGGUGUGAAGCUGUGCUCGACCUGUGGUGUUGCGCUCCAUAGCUUUUCUGUUUGUUUUCCUCUUUGAGUUGUUCAGACCUGUUUGCUGGUGUCGUGAGCUUAGCUGCAAAAAUCUUCUGCCCUCCCUAUACUGCUGUAGGAGUUAGGGAGUGUUCUUUGAACUGUGCUGUAACUUGAAAACAGUUUGCCUUGUUAAUCCAAUGGGUCAGGGCGUUUUUGCGCCUGUCAGUUCUAAAAAAAAUCACAACAGCUAUUU